GGAGGUCUGCACGCGUACGGCGGCGGUGUCGGCCACGUGGGCCGCGCCUCCAGACUGGGACUGACCACCGAUUUGCAAGACUCCGGCCACCAGUCCAUACACAUGACAUUACAAGAGUCGGACCUCUGGAAGGAGUUUCACCGCAAGACCAAUGAGAUGAUUGUGACCAAAAGCGGACGCCGUAUGUUUCCGGUAAUCAAGCUGAACAUCGACGGCCUGGAGCCCCGGGCCAUGUACUCCAUAGCCAUAGAGUUUGUACAGAUCGGUGGCCACCGAUGGAAGUAUAUGAACGGCGAUUGGGUGGCCGGCGGUAAGUCAGAGCCGGCGCCCCAACAGUCGCAGUCGCUGUACAUACACCCGGAGUCGCCCAACUUUGGCGCCCAUUGGAUGCGAGAGUCCGUGUCGUUCAGUAAAGUGAAGCUCACGAAUAAGCCGUCCGCACAGUCCGGUCAGGUACGCAAAACUCAGGUGGUGUUGAACUCGCUGCACAAGUACGAGCCACGGGUGCACGUCAUACGAGUGGACAGUGAGGAGAAUUGCGAGAAGAUAUUGACGUUCAAUUUCAUGGAGACACAAUUCAUCGCGGUCACCGCUUACCAAAACGAGGAGGUAACACAACUUAAGAUACGGCACAAUCCGUUCGCCAAGGCCUUUCAGGACGCCCGCGAGCGGCCCAUCAACGAGAUUAACAACAAUCAAAUGGGAGGCCCCGGCGGUGGCGGUGAGGGGGUUAUCAUACCGCCCAACAAAGUGGUCAUUAACGACAGCUUACACCAUCACCACCACCACACCCAUCAUCAUCACCCCCACCCUCAUCACAAUACGGGCGCUGGCGGUGGUUCGUCGCCGCCCACCCCUCCUAACAGUUGGUGCAAUAGCCCGGUGGCGGUCAACCCAUACAAUCAUCACCACCAACAGCAACAUCAGGGUAUGGGAGGUGGUGGUGGCCCCGGGGGUAUGGGUACCGGGGGUUCGGGCCUACACUGCGAACGGAUGACCACUUUGCGGUCGCAUCGUGUGGUGCCGUACGGUAUCGAUAGGCCACAUAUCAAGAGAUCUCCAUCGCCUUACGCCUUUUAA